UGCCAUGCACGCAUCCGCUUGCGUCAUAUUUAUGAGACAAUGUUUUGUUAUGUGCUGUUACUACCGCCUGAGGGUGACUUAACACGCAGUUAGCUGUUCUCAGGCGAUCCUCUUCUUAGUUUUGAGUAAAAUCAAAUAUUAUACAUACAUAUAUCAUACAACCGCAGCAAUGAUCUGUGUUUCCCGGUUUCUUCGUAUGAAUCAAGGGGGCUUAGCUCUACAUAUACGGAGAUGCCUAUCCUCCCAAACAGACGGAGAGGGUCGCAUUGCUCGGAUACUAAAGGAGAAAUUUCCCUUGGCGUCUUCUCUGAAAGUUGUGGAUAUAUCGGGUGGUUGUGGUGCCAUGUAUGAGGUACACAUAGAGUCCAAUGAGUUUAAAGGGAAAAGGGUCAUUCAACAACACCAGCUAGUCAACCAGGCUCUAAAGGAUGAAAUUGCAGGAAUGCAUGGAUUAAGAAUAUUUACAGACGUCCCUCAACCUUAGAAUCAGCCAUCUUCCCAUCUCCCCCACAAACCCAGUGUAAAUUGAAAUGUACAAUUGUAAUAUGUAUAUUUAUAAUUUAACAACCACUAUGGUGGUAAUUACAAACUAUAAUUAAAUAUUGUAACAUUAUUUGCAAUCUUAAGUAAUCAUUUGUUGUUCUCAUGGUUAUGGUGGUGGUUAUAUUCUAUGUAAAGCUACUGUGGAAUUUUAUAUAAAGUGUAUAAAGGCAUGCACAGGCCCUUAAA